GGACAGGUUUGUUGAGUGCGGUAUUUAGGUAUCGACGGCACAGGUGUUUGGAUAGUCUGGCUGUGCGUCUGCAGGAAGAGCCUAGCGAGAAUCAUGGGUCAGACGUCUGCCUCAGCAGGGUUGAAGGCCCUCCUGAUCUUCGGCAAGAUCGUGUUGGCGCUAGCUGGGUUGGCCCUAUUCGCGGUCACCAUCUGGGUGGUGACGGACCCAUACCGAGUUUACCCGGCACUGGGUGCCUCCGGUAAGGAUGAUGUGUUUGCGGGUGCCUGGAUCGCCAUCUUCACUGGCUUCGCCUUCUUCUGCUUCGCCAUCUUCGGGAUAAUCGCCGUGCUGAGUGAGAGCCGCACUAUGAUGAUCACGUAUCUGUCCGUGAUGAUGAUUGUCUACAUCUUCGAAUGUGCCUCGUGCAUCACUUCCAUCACCCAUAGGGACUACCUGGUCUCCAAUCCCAAGUUCCUGAAAAAACAAAUGCUUCAGUUCUACGGUGAUGAGACUUCCAACCAAGGCCGGGACAUCACUGCCCUCUGGAACCAAGUCAUGCCCACGGAGAAAUGCUGUGGGUCAGUGGGCCCUGCCGAUUGGGUAAAAUAUACCUCAUUCUUCAGGAAAACGUUCAACGAGACAUAUGCCCCCUGGCCCUUCCAGUGUUGUAAGAGGGAUGCCAGUGCUCAAAUCAUUAACCAAAGAGGUUGUGCUGUUGGUCACCGAGACUUCCUGUACCAAAAGGGCUGCUUUGAAUAUUUCAGCACUGCCAUCAACAGUUAUGCCUGGGCAGUUGCCUGGUAUGGGUUUGCCAUUCUGAUGUGGACGUUUGUCCUUCUGCUGCUCAGCAUGUAUUACCUCACCACCCUCUAGACCAUGGACCACAGGAUCAAGACUUCAACCUACACGUCGACAACAACAAUCUCUCCUCCUAAAGCUACCAAAUUCUAAAGCUGAUGGACCUGAACUAGUCAGUCUGGGACUCAAAUCCUCCAACCCUUGAGCAAAUUAACCAACCAGGGUGUCCCAUUAAUGGAUCUGAUCGGGCAAACUGCAGAGGGAGAAGAUUGUUACCAUCCUCCCAACAGUGCUGUUUCACCAACUUGUAUUAAUCCUGGCUGUUUCUUCCUUCCUGAUCAUAAUUCCAACUUUCUGGAAUCUAUAGUGGUACCUUGAUAUAUUUGAGGCUCUCCCAAGUGUAAAUGAUGCCAUUCCUCAAGUGUUUUUGUUUGGUUUGAAGGCCCCCAAGCAUGACAAAGCUGUUGUCCUGGAGCUGGGGUUUCCCAAACCUUCCCCUUCCCAUCACCUUUUUACAGUAGGGGUUCCCAACAUGGAAUCCAUGGACCUCUUGAUUAAUGGUAGGGGACCAUGGCAUUACGAAGGUUGGGAACUCCUGUUUAAAGUACAGCACUGACUCUCUAAUGAAGGACUUUCCUGUGUCCUCUUGCCAAGUACUGCCUUAAGAUUGGAUCUUCUGUAGAUUAAACAAAAGCAGUUACAGAGGAAUCAUUAUAUAGCCCUAUUUAAAAUUACCAGUUAUCAGUGAUUUUUGUUUGAGAUGGGGCAGAAAGCAUCUGUAGAGAAUGGCUCUAUGUAUACCUUUGGUGAUUAUAUUUAUGUGAAUGAGUCUUUAAUUAGAAGAUGGAGUUAAUUGCAUGUAAUAUUUUGUAACCAUUAAAGUGGCUGUCUUUCCUGUUCUUGUGUGCCUU